AAACACCAAAGCAAUAGUUGAUCUUACUACCUAGCUAGCUUGCAAUGGCCCCAAAACUUUCUCAUCAGGUUUUUGGAGCUAUCUUUCUCUUCCUUGUUCUGCAACCUUUUGUAGUUAAGUCUAGACCUCUAGAACCCGAAACCCUUCGGAAUCUUGAACGAGCUCAGAACGGAGAUACUCUCAAUGGGCUUAGUCAAGUCAAGAAGUACCUUAAGGCCUUUGGUUACUACCCCAAUGACCUCAAUCUUACUGACGAUCAUUUUGACGACUCUUUAGAGUCUGCCCUUAAAGCAUAUCAACAAAAUUAUUAUCUCAAAGUAACAGGCAAGAUUGACCAUGAUACAAUUAAAACAAUGAUGAUCCCUAGAUGUGGUGUGCCUGAUAUCAUCCCUAUCCGAACUUCUAAUGGCACUGGGGGAACUCCUCAUGGCGUCAUAUUUCACUUGGUUGCUAACUAUUCCUUUUUCCCUGGAAAUCCUAGAUGGAGCAGGUACCAACUUACCUACAAUUUCCUACCCGGCGUCCAGGUAGUUAGCCCACAAGUACUAAGACCUAUCAUUGCCCAGGCAUUCCAGACAUGGGCAAAUGUUUCUCCAUUCAGAUUCCAGGAGGUAGCACAAGGCAACCGAGCAGAUAUCAGGAUCGGGUUUUACCGAUAUGAUCAUGGGGAUGGCUAUCCUUUUGAUGGCCCUGGAAACAUUUUGGCUCAUGCUUUUGCACCACAAGAUGGGAGAUUUCACUAUGAUGCAGACGAGAAUUGGAGCCCUAAUCCUACUGCAUCUAACCAAAUAGACCUGCAGUCUGUAGCUGUGCAUGAAAUAGGACAUAAUCUCGGCCUUGGUCAUAGUCAGGAUCAAGCUGCGAUCAUGUUUCCAUCUCUACCAGCUGGAGCUACCAAAAGGAACUUAGGCCAAGAUGACAUUAAUGGUCUACGAGCUCUGUAUGGCUAUUAGCAAAAUCUUGCUUUGCUGACACCAAUGCAGGUUUCAUGAGUCAGAAGCUUGAUUAUAGCAUAUUAAAUAAGUGAUUAGACACAGAUGAAAGAGUGGAAUAAGAAGUGAUCUACAAGCAAAUAUCAAAGCCAUAAUUUCAAUGAAACGUAUGCAUAAUUUCUAGAAUAAA